CUUUGACCUUAGCUGAGCUAUCGAAAAUAGCAACACUUUGCUGCCCCAUCAUUCUUCCUUAUAAAACCAUUCUCUUCGACUGGUGUGGUCAGUUGUUGGUGAACCGUCAUCAACAUGUUGCCCGUAAAAUGUUUCGUGUUGGUCGCGUUUUUCGGCUGCCAAGUGGCCGCUUUGGCCAACCUUGAGAAAGUCUUUGCGUGGAAAGAGUUAACUUUUUCCUGGCCCAAUGAAGACGCCGAAAAUGUAGCACUCAAAAAUGGAGAUUAUGUGCCCAAGAAUAAUCUUCCAUUGGGACUCGACCGGUGGAGGAAUAAGCUGUUUGUUACUAUUCCAAGAUGGAAAAGUGGCGUGGCCGCCUCUUUAGGGUACGUUUCUCUAGAUGAGCCAAUCAACAAAACCGCCCCCAUAAUCCCUUACCCUGACUGGAAAGCCAACAGCUUACCAAAGAAAGGAGAAAAGCCCGAAAGUGAAAACCACAUUGUAUCAGUUUUCAGAGUGUUUGUGGAUGCUUGCGACCGACUUUGGGUGAUGGACACCGGAUUGGCUGAUAUCUUAGGGGAACCAAACGUGGUUUCAUCGCCUGCCAUUGCAAUUUACGAUCUAAACACCGAUACGCUCAUUCGGAGGUACACCUUAAAGGACGACGAUCUCAAACAGGACUCGUUCUUUGCCAAUAUUAUUGUAGAUGUGGACAAAGAUAAAUGCGAUGAUGCUUUCGCCUAUAUUCCGGACCUGGGCGGGUACGGUCUUGUGGUGUAUUCGUUUAAAGCCAAUGAAUCUUGGAGAUUCAAGCACAACUUUUUCCACUUUGAUCCUCUGCAUGGCGACUUCAACGUCGGCGGAGUAAACUUCCAAUGGACCGACGGCAUCUUCGGAUUGGCUUUGGGGCCAAAAGACCUUAGCGGCUUCCGCACUGUUUACUUCCAUCCUUUGGCCAGCUUGAACGAGUUUUCCGUCAAUUCGGCUAUUCUAAGGAACAGAAGCUUAGCAAAUGAUCCGCAUAUCUACAACGACUUCAAGUUGGAAGGAUUCAAAGGAGACAAAUCGCAAACAUCCGCAUCGGUUUUCGAUGAAAAGUCCAACACUUUGUUCCUCACCCAAUUGAACAAAGACGGAGUGGCGUGCUGGAACCCAAAGAAACCCUUGACUCCUCAAAGCGUCUCUUUGGUCGUCAGGGAUCCUCAAAGUCUCAUUUUUACUAACGAUAUUAAGAUUGAUAACGAGAGAAAUCUGUGGAUCCUUUCCGAUAAAAUGCCUCAAUUUAUCUACCAAGAACUCAAUGGAAAUGAAGUGAAUUACAGGAUUCAAAGGGUGAAAGUAGACGAUGCCAUUUUAGGAACCAACUGUGCAAUUUAGGCGAUUUUUUGCUUAAUGUUUAAGCUGCAGCCACUAGAAAAUAGAACUAGCUGGGUGUUAAAAUUAAGGAUUAUUUAAUAAAUCCUAUAAUUGAA